AUGCCUGAACCGGCCAAAUCCGCCCCGGCUCCCAAGAAGGGCUCCAAGAAGGCCGUCACCAAAGUGCAGAAGAAGGACGGCAAGAAGCGCAAGCGCAGCCGCAAGGAGAGCUACUCGGUGUACGUGUACAAGGUGCUGAAGCAGGUGCACCCCGACACGGGCAUCUCGUCCAAGGCCAUGGGCAUCAUGAACUCGUUCGUCAACGACAUCUUCGAGCGCAUCGCGGGCGAGGCGUCGCGCUUGGCGCACUACAACAAGCGCUCGACCAUCACGUCCCGGGAGAUCCAGACGGCCGUGCGCCUGCUGCUGCCCGGGGAGCUGGCCAAGCACGCCGUGUCCGAGGGCACCAAGGCCGUCACCAAGUACACCAGCGCCAAGUGAGGCCCCCGCGUCAAGGCUCUCGCUGGCCCUUUUGCUUUCUCAACGCUGUUGCAGAGCCAGCCGCUCAAAUCAGGAGAGAACUUUGUCCACCUGCGCUAGUUUCUAGUAAUAUUCCAAAGCCACUUUAAGAGUCCCGGGGAGGGCGCCUUUCUGAGGUUUUAAGCCGUUGUGGUUCUGAGUUUCCCCGUGGCUUAGCUGUAGAGCGCCCCGCACCCUCCUCAGUUUCUUGGAGUUACUUGUAAACUGGGUAACGGUGGGCCUCUGCGCCCGGUGUCUCCGGGCUCCAGGCUGUCCGGGCGCCUAUUAUCUAUUCAAAGGGAGAUGGGUGCAUUACUUUGGCGGUUAGAGGACACCGCUAAGCCGCCCUGUCCCCUUACCUGGUGUCCUGGGUACCGGCGGUUGCGGGGCUUAGGGCGGUGUAUCUUUUUCCGUUUCCGCUGCGGUGCCAGGUUACACAAAGAUACCGCUUUUAGCUCCUGGCCCGUGAGGCGAUCCUUCUAACGUACCCACUCAGGAAUUAGCCUUUUCCUUCCUGCCGUGUAUCCCCUGGAGCUGUUGCUGGUCAAGCUGGGCCUGAUCUCUUCGCCCCCGGAGCCCGCCACUGCCUUACACAGCAGCAGGUGCUUAAACACUGCAGAGGCAGUUCAUUUAGAUAUCACUGCUUUUGUAACUGCUUCCAAAAGCAGGGGUGGUGGGGGCCCGAACACCGUGGAACAACGUUUGGAGGAUUCUUUCCCCAAAUUUGUCCUUAGUUAUGGUUACUGCGGCUGCUGUUCUUUCUUGGUUGUCAACCCUGACCAAAACCCCUGGGCACACCUGUGAGGGAUUUUUUUUUUUCUUUAAAUAAUUUGAAGUGUGAAGAACCACCUUUAAUCUGGAUCUUCUGAGGUGAGAAGACUCACCUCUAGUCUGGGCCACAGCGUGUGGCUCUCACUAAGGACAGGGAGAAGGAAGUGCCCGCUUGCUCCGGCUGGCAGGUCUGUCUCUUCACUGGCAUUGGGGCCUGUUCAUUUGGGAUUCUGGCAUACACUGAAGACCAGCUGAGGCUGCCAGCCGUGUGGACCGAACUACUGGGUUCUUGGACCUUCCGUUGGUAGACAGCCAUUGCUGGAACAGCUGAACCCCAGCAUGUAAGACAGAUGCUUAUGAAUAUAUAUUCACAUAAAUAUAUAUAUUUCUAUAA